CUGCUGUUGUCUCGGUUAAUCAAGGAUAUCCAAGGCUUGCCAAAAGAAUCCAUCAAACUUUUGGUGCUACCUUACUUUUGACUGCUUGUAAAUCAACGUAUUGGAUUGUUGCUUAUUCGAUAUGGAUAUUUAUGUUAAUAAUUGCAUUUGUUAUGGGGGAGUUAUGGUGGAGAAUGGAAGGGGUAAUUAAAAUUUGUAAUCCAGAAGAAGCUAAAGUGGAUGAAAGAAAAUCCAUGUUACAUGGGUAUAUUGAUCACGAAGAUUAUAACAGGCUUCCGGAAUUUACUUGGGAAGAAAUAAAUGAUCGCGUUCAUUCUGGCGCAUACUUGGUUGUAUGUGAUGGAUUGGUAAUUGAUAUUAGAAAAUGGAUUGGAGUUCAUCCGGGUGAUUUUUAUAAUACACAUCAAGGAAAUGAUAUCAAAGAAGAUGUAAUGACAGCAGAUACACCAUUGUUAUCAACUUAUAGAACCAAUAAUAACAGCUCAUCAAUUCUUAAUAAGUAUAGUUCUAUCUUAAAAGGAGAUGGUCCAAACAAAGGUUCUGGUAUAUUGAAGAAUAAAAACGUGGCUAAUGCAGUUGAUAUUCUUAAUAUAAAGUAUUUUUCAAAAUCGCCAUUAGCUAGUCAUAGACAUAGUGUAUUUGCAACAAGAAAAUUGGCAAAUAUGACUAUAGGUAAAUUAAAUGAAAAUUCUUUUGCAGAAAAGGUAGUUUCACCAAGUUCACCAAAAUUUGGACCUAAUAGAGAUACUAAACGCAGAGAUACUAGAUUUUUUGAUGAUGAAUUUGCGACGUCUCAAGAAUUAAAUCAGAGAAUUAAAUUUAAUAGAUAUAAGUUAACAAGUAAAUCAGCUAUUAGUGCUAACAAAAAUUAUCCAGUUAUGAGAUUGAUAUUUACCAGAGUUCAUCAAGAUAAAAAAGAUUUAUGGAAUGAACCCUUUCUACCUGGACAAUAUAUCGAAGUACAAUCUCGUGUUAAAGGACAGGUUGUCGUUAGAAGUUAUACUCCUAUUGAAGGAAAAUUGUCAAAAUCAUUUUCUAUUUAUGUUAAAGUUUAUCCUAAUGGAUUAAUGUCAAAACAUUUGAAUGAACAAUUGAUAGGGUUCGAAAUUCAAGUUCGUGGACCCUUUGACGUUUCAGAUAGAAUUGGACACGCAGGAGAAACGAUAAAUACAUCAAUGAGAAGAUCUAGUAUUCUCGUGCCUCCUUCCCCCUUAUCACCAUUAAAAAGUUCUUUGCUAAAUCCAAAUAGUUUUGAUGGAUGUUGGGACGAAUUAUUCAUGAUUUGUGGAGGAACUGGUAUAACUCCAAUAUAUCAUCUUGCACAUAUUAAAAGUAAUGAUGAAACUGAACAAAGACAGAGAAGAAUUCAUAUGCAUUUAUUAUUUGGUAAUAAAACUAUCGAAGAUAUAAUUGAUGGUAUAAGGUUAGAAGAAUAUUCAUUAUCAAGUAGAGGAAUGCUUACAAUCAGUUACGUUCUUUCGAAUCCACCCGAAGGAUGGUCAGGUUUACAAGGACAAAUUAGCCCGGGAAUAAUACGAAAAUGGUUAAGCGAAGUCAAAGCCAUACCACCAACUACACCCACAUCAUCUGUACCACAAUUUGGAGAUAUACAUAAGAGCCAUACUUUACGAGGACAUGGAUAUAAUUUACCUAAACAAACAACGUUAAUAUGUGACGAACCUCCACCAAUACCUGCCAAACCAUCGUUAUCAUCAUUAUAUCUUGAUGAUCCCCUUUCAGCACCUAAAUAUCAAGGGUACUCUUCAACACAUCAACCAUAUCCUCAAACAAUGACGGAAGAACCAACGUCUUUGGGACAUUCAACGACACGAGUUAAUCUUCCACUAACUUUAACAACACCACACAAACCUGUUCCUCAAGGUUCAAAUAGUUGGCAUUCACUAUCACAUAGAUCACCCACUUCAUUUCAUCCAUUAUAUAAUCAAGAAGAGCAUGAAGAAAAUUAUGAGAAAAUGCGAGGUUCGCCUUCUAAUUUUAUAACGAAAAUGUCAAACUUUAAAAUUAUAGUGUGUGGUCCACCGGGAAUGAUAACGAUUGUUGAUCAAACAUUAUCUGAAAUGUGUUAUUCUGAAAAUGAUUGCAUUUUAUUAAUAUAA